AUGGUGACAACUCGAUCUAAUCCCGAAAACCCAAACACAAUGGAGAGAAUUUUAGAAAUGUUGACGGCGGACCGACAAAACCGAGAGGUAGAACGACAACAAUUCGAAACACGCUUUGCACGUCUAGAAGCCAUGGUGGAAAAUUUGUCCAAGCAUUCAGAAGAUGGCACACCCAAAGGCAUGGAAUGGUUGGCAAGCCUGGGAGAGAUUAGUGCCAACUUUGAACAGCUGACGUUGGGCUUCAAGAUCAAUGGAAGAAAGGUAAUUUUAAAGGGAGAGCCACAACUUUCAAAGAAAGACGCCUCACUUAAUUCUAUGUUGAAAGCUUUGCAGCAAGGAGAAGGGUUCUUUAUCGAUUAUCGUCAUAUUCAAGCAGAGAUUGAUUGGAAGGAUUUAAUCCCGUCAGAAUUAAAAGAUGUGCUACAUGAUUUCCCUUCCAUCUUUGAACCCCCAGAUGGACUUCCUCCUCAUCGGCGUCAAGACCAUGCCAUUCACCUCAAAGAAGGAGCCCAAAUACCGAAUAUCAUACCAUACAGAUAUCCUCACUAUCAAAAACAGAAAUUGAAAAAUUGGUUGCAGAAAUGUUAG